AUGGAACAAGUACGCAAGACCUACUUCGACCCUUUGGCUACGUCCAAGGGUCGAAUCCGCGAUAUUCUUCAGAACCUUGACAUCGGUUCCGCACAUCCUUUCAGCCCUGAAGGCAUAUUACUAUGCAAGACCAAGAAGGGUAUCGAGGAGAUUGAUAUUUCAGGUUUUGAGGAAGAGUACUUUUACAAUGCUAUUGAUUUGGGGGAGAUGGGGGAGACUUUGGCGAAGCGCAUGGAUAACUUCAAGAGUCGUGUCUUCAACGACUUCCAAGUUUCCCAAGCCCCUUCCACAACGUUCAAGAUCCCCCUCCACUCUGGGAAGAUCUCUAUUCUCGCAGUUUCAUUAAGAUAUCCUACAUACUACGACUUUUGUCUCGGUGAUGCAGACGGUAAUACCUCUUGCUGGUGCGCCAAGGAGACCCUCGGCGGUAUCUCACACAGCGGCGACUGCAACCAAGGCGAUGACCUCCUGCAAUUCGCCAAGUUGGAUACCGAUAGCUUGGCCGAGGGGAAGCCUAUCUGUGUAUUCAUCUCUGGGUUCAACAACACACAUAUUACGAGAUUCUUGGGAACGCAUCCAGCGCUGAUGGUGGCAGAUCAUGACGAGAAGACUUUGUAUAUCAUCCCAGUUCCUUUAGACAAGGCCACCAUCGGCGACGCGACGAUCUGUUGUCCUUUAGUGGUAAAGCGUGUCGGCAGUGAUCUCAUCUGCUCGAUCUUAUCCCGAGCUGCAACGGAUCGGAUGAAGACCUGCAGUGGCCGUAAGACGCACAGUCCUAUCUUUGCCGAGGCUAUCUCUAGAGCUGAGUGGACCAUUUCUGCCCCUGUGGAGGAGCACGUCGAUGCGGACCAACAGGCCCAAGAAUCUGCCGCAGUCGAGAGAGCUGUUGAGACCAAGGUUGAAGCUCUCGAGAAGCGACGCGCCGUGAUCACCACGAAUGCAGACACACUUCCUGAAUUUAUGGUUUCCGACGCACAGAUCAUCCGGUUUGGCAACAGACUCGAGUUCUUGGACAGAAACACUGAGGAGCUCGACAAGUCCGCCGUUGUUCUUCCUUGCAUUUUCGGCUCUCAGCUCGAAGGACCUGUCCUUCUGUCGACGGGCAAAACUCCUAAGAACGUCCCUUUUACUGAUAGCAAGUCGCUAUGCGCUUACUACGAGGGACUCGAGAGUGUCGUUGUCGUCGUGGACGAGAGAAUGACGGAUAAUGCACGAAACCUGGCCACCAGUCUGCGAAUGAACGCGCUGUUCGUCGUACAGCUUAAGGCUGACAAGCUCGAAACGGCGGAGCAGGUUUCUGAGGCACUGAGCGCGGCCAACAUCAAUGCUGUGACUGCGCUUGCAGGACCUCAGUCUCUCAUUUUGGCUAGUGUCGGAAACGGAGAGAAGCUCUACUUUUAUCGCGGCCUAGCAGAUCCUCAGGUCCUGGAUACGAGCAAGCUAGAGUUCGGAGCCGACGUCACGGAUGUUAUCAAGGCUGCCGACCUGAGUUCCAUCUUGAUCCCUAAGAUCUCUCGUCUCGUUGAUCUUGAAGAGGGCAACAACGUCAUUCUGCCUUACACUAACCAGGUCGUCAAGGUCGAGGAUCUAGCCCAAGUCUUUGAGCAAAUGCCCCUCGAGCACAUCAAGACUCGCCUCCACGACGACAUCAUCGCCAUGGUCCCCCAACUCCAAUCCCUUCUCAACCAACAGGACAUUCAGAAGCUCUCCAAGACCCUCGUCGAUACGCUCAGUUCCAAGGUCGACAAGAUCAUGACCCCCCUGCGCGAGGAGUACAUCGCCUACCUUACCGACUCCUUCGACUUUAACGACAAGGAGGCCAUGCUCAAGAAGAACAGGAUGCUCGGUGAUUUACGGAAGACUAGUAAGGGAACACAGGCUGCGCUCGACCCUGUGAUCGCUAGCCUGGCGAAUAUGAUGUCUUCGCAGACCACCUCGAAGAAAACACACGACAUGAAGCGCUUGUUGAGGAAGAACCAGAUCGAGAACAAUGUUCAGGCGACGAAGGACAUGAAGUUCGAUAAGCUGACGGAGCUGUUGGAGCAGCAUGCUGCGGAUAUGGGCGUCAUGUUGCUCAACAUUGAGACGGGCCCUUACAAGCAGGUAUUGAAGACUCUGACGAGGGAUUCUACGAUUAACGCCAAAUCUGCCUGUUCCCUAGACGACCGAAUCCUGUACCUCGAUGGCUUCGACGCCGGUAUUAUCAUGGAGCAGUCACAGGGCGAUCACCACGGCCCUCUUCUAAGCCAGGCUGGUCGAGAUCAUCCUACCCUCUCCAUGCCUUACCUCAACAAGACUCGCGGUACGGGCGGCUCUAUGUUGGCUUGGGUCUGCUGGGACGAGUUCGUCAAUCUUAAGAGCCCUUACACCGUGCGCUGGAUGGAGAAGUGUAACGAAUCGCACAUCGCUGCCCUUAGAAUUAUGAUGCGAGAUACACUCAGUCAGGCAGUCUCCGGCCGUGAGCAUAAUUUCCAAGCGGGUGCCCCCGAGAUUGGACAGUUGAUGAGCUCGUUGCUUAUGGCUGCGAUGGCGAAGCUGGCGGGAAUGAGGACUUCGGCGCCUGUUGUGCUCGAUACCGCAGAAGAUACGGUUACGAAGUUGAUGAGAGGCCUCUUCGGCAAUCUCAUGACCAUCGCUGGUUCAGGUGUGCGACCUUUGAGCAUGGUUUGGCAGCUCCUCGGUGUCAAUCCUUCAUACGACAUUCCUAACACCGACGCCGACUGGGUGUGGUAUGAGAACACUGUCGAAUUAUAUCCUUAUACUGGCUGGCCUUUGGAGCAAUUUCACGAGAACCUCGCCCGACUGCUCGACAAGAUCAUUCUGCGUGUGAUCACGAAGAAUGAGAAUACGGCGGACCUCAAGAAGAACCACACCGCUGACCUGGCUACGUUCUGCAAGCUUCGCAAUAUCCAACUUGAGCACUGCCGUACGGUCAUUACGGUGUUCGAAAGGAUGCUCACGGACGGUGAUGCGGAUGUCAAGGCUAUUUCGGGACGAUUGCUCCAGAACGUGCCUUCGGUGUUACAGAAGCAGACGAAGGGAUAUACGCGCAUGAUGCAAUAUCUCGAGCAUUUACACAACGGCGGUGCCCGCAAGGCAAGUGAAGAUCUUGUCUACGCGAAUGUCUACACCAAGCGCUCCGCCGCAUUCAAGGACCUCAAGACUGCGGUGUCAGAAGCCUGCGAAGCCAAGGACUGGGCUCUAGCCAAGGCAAAUGCACAGGCCGUCGUGGAUAAGCACGAGAAGAUCGCUUCAUUCUGGCAGAUCGAAACCAAGGAUCUCAAGGUGCAGAACCUACAUCACUAUCACGAGCUGAUUAACGCAGAUGUCUCUGAGGAAGCUAGCCAGACGACGAAGAUCAGCACGAAGAAGGUCGUGCAGAAGGUUCUGGCUGAUGCUGAGAAGAACAGGGUUCCUUGGCAGGUUGGCAAGGGCACAAAGGAUUUUGAACCCCUUGAUGAAGGCUUCCUGCAGCUUUGUCUAACGGGAACACGACCUGAGGUGGAAAAGCAGGAGGCGGAGGUUGCGCAGGCUGUUGCAACGGUCGAUUACAAUGGCUUCGCCCCGUUCAAGGGAACUCUCCAGGCUAAGUUUAUCUCCACGAUGGAAAGGGACCUCACUGCUGAGGAUGUUUGCACGAUCCUCAAGGUACCUGAAUCAUCGAUGAGGGUUUUUGCUACGGCUUUGAACCCUGACUUUGAAUGGAGUGACUUGGGGCAGAGGUUCAAGAUGACGGUUUUGGGAUUGUUGAAGGAGAGAAGUAACAGGGUUGAAAGUCGCCCUGCUUCUAGGAUGCUGCGGAGGAAGGUAUGA